AUGAUAUCUCCCAUUAUCGGGCUUCUAGCCCUAUUCUCCCUCACCAACGCCUCAGUCAUCCCCAACCAAGCCAUCCUCCACCCCUCCGACCCAGUAACCCUCUCAAGACCAUCCUGGUUCACAUCAACCCUCCUAGCUCGUCGCCUCCUCGCCAAAUCCCCCUCCGGCGUAAUCUCCACCAUCUUCCCCACAGAAUCCUCCUCUUCCUCCACUCCCAACUCAGUGGCAGGCCUCCCAAUAGGCCUCCGCGAAUACAUCUCAGACUGCGACGCCGCACUCCCUAAGAACCUCAACCCCACCAACAAAGAAGAAGGAAACCCCACCAUCCUCGCUCUCCGCGUCGCAACAUCAUUCAAGAACAUAGGCUCGAACUCAAACUUCUCUCUAGAAAUAGACUGGUGGGAUCAUCUCGACCAGGCCGGUCCCGUCUAUCCUGGUUUACCGCUUAGUUCUGCUGCUUUACCGAGAGUUACGCUAUUCGGGUACCUGGAUCCUUUACAUUCUGGAUCUGCAUCUGGAUCUGAGGAAGGGGAAGGAGAGGCUCUGGGGGAUUUAGAAGAAUGUUUCUUAUCGUCGCAUCCUGAUGCGAAGGUUUGGUUACCUGGGAAGGCGGGAUCCCCGCAUUCAAGUUUCUGGGCGAGGAUGGUUGUUACGCAUGUGUAUUGGAUCGGAGGGUUUGGGGAUGUUCAGCAGAUUGGAUGGAUUGAUAUUAAUGAGUGGAAGGGGGUUGGGAGGUAUAGGAGUGAAGUUGGGGAUGGGAGGGGGUGGGAGGAUGUGAGACUUCCUGGAGAAGAAGAGUGA